AUGUGGACCAGCUGUGCCACCCACGGUUACAUCACCGUCACAGGGCAUUACAUCACAGACGAGUGGGAUCUAAAAUCAUGCAUUCUUGCCACUAGACGCGUGGAGGAAGCUGAUGCCUUAGUAUCCAUCCCAAUGGAGUUUGAAAUUGAGUAUGUUUGUGGUCUGACAACAGUCAACGCAAGCAAUAUGACUGUGGCGGCGAGGGCAACUGGCUUCCCACACGUGCGAUGUUUCGCACAUACCCUGCAGUUAGCUGUCCAUGAUGCACUGAAAUUGAAUGCCAUUGACAACGUGAUUAUUCACGCACGAAAACUGGUAAGUUAUUUUUCGAAAUCUGUCCUAGCUACACAGGAGCUUGAAGAUGUACAGAAGCGUCUUGGCAGAAUGGUGAAGCACGUAGUCAAUGAUGUUACAACGAGAUGGAAUUCUGUAUAUUUCAUGUUUGAGAGGCUAAAUGAGUUGCAUGCAUCAAUUGUAGCAGUUCUUCAUGAUGACAAAUUCAAGAAACCAAAGCAUCUCAACCUCAAAGACAACCAAUGGCUUCUCGAACAGUUGAUAGUUGCCCUCAAACCACUUGUUUCUGCAACAGAGGUGUUGUGCAGCGAGGAGCUCCCAACUGCUGCUGGAGUUUAUCCACUGGUGUUUGCCUUAGUCACAAAACACCUCAUUCCGUCGGAUUUGGACACUCGCAUUGUGGCUGACAUGAAAACAACUUUAGCAGAUGGACUUAAAUCCCGCCUUGUGACAGCUGACUUCUGA